AAUCAUUAAUCAUUAAUGGCCGGAGGAGAAGGAGAAACAACGUUGGAGUACACGCCCACGUGGGUGGUGGCUGUGGUUUGCAGUGUUAUUGUCUUGAUUUCUCUUCUCGUCGAGAGGCUCCUUCACUUCACCGGAAAGUGCCUGAAGAAAAAGAAUAAGAAGCCUCUUUUCGAGGCCUUGCAAAAGAUUAAAGAAGAGUUGAUGCUAUUGGGAUUCAUAUCGCUGCUAUUGACGGUGUUCCAACAACGCAUCGCCAAAAUCUGCAUCACCGAGCAGCAGUCUAAGCACUGGUUGCCUUGCAACAACAGAUCAGAUGAAUAUGAUGAUGAUGAUCAUGAAUCAUCAUCAUCAUCAUCAUAUUCUACCACUAAACACUUUCAGACCAGGACUACUACGAUCGCUAGUGCUAGUAGUUUCGUAGUAGAUCAUAUAAUAUCUCGUCGUCUCCUUGCGGCCGAUUCCUCUGACUACUGUUCCCAAAAGGGGAAGGUUCCAUUGUUAUCGACCACGGCAUUACAUCAUCUUCAUAUCUUCAUCUUCGUGCUAGCCGUGGUGCAUGUCACUUUCUGCGCUUUAACCAUUAUUUUUGGUGGGAUCAAGAUACGUCAAUGGAAACAUUGGGAGGAUUCUAUUUCGAAACAGGAGUACAAUCCAGAAGAAGUUAUAAAAACACAGUUCACCCAUGUCCAUGACCAUGAUUUUAUUAGGAAUCGCUUUCUGGGUAUUGGAAAGAAUUUAGUUUUUCUAAGUUGGCUGCGUUCAUUUUUUAAGCAAUUUUAUGGAUCUGUGACGAAAACAGAUUAUAUGACACUGAGACUGGGCUUUAUCAUGACUCAUUGCAGGGGAAACCCAAAAUUUAAUUUUUACAAAUACAUGAUUCGAGCCCUUGAAGCAGAUUUUAGGAAAGUCGUCGGAAUAAGUUGGUAUCUGUGGUUGUUUGUGGUUAUCUUCUUGUGUCUGAAUGUGUCCGGUUGGCAUGCAUAUUUUUGGUUAGCAUUCAUACCCUUCAUUCUUCUGCUUGCUGUCGGGACAAAGUUGGAGCAUGUAAUUACGCAAUUGGCGCAUGAGGUUGCUGAGAAACACGUUGCAAUUGAAGGCGAUUUGGUGGUUCGACCCUCCGAUGAUCACUUUUGGUUCCACAGACCUCGACUUGUUCUCUUACUCAUUCACAUCAUCCUCUUCCAAAAUUCCUUUGAACUCGCUUUCUUUUUCUGGAUAUGGGUUCAAUAUGGAUUCGACUCUUGCAUAAUGGGGCAAAUCGGCUAUAUAAUUCCCAGACUUGUUAUUGGGGGUUUUGUUCAGUUCCUGUGUAGUUACAGUACAUUGCCACUUUAUGCUAUUGUCACACAGAUGGGAAGUUCGUUCAAGAAAGCUAUUUUUGAAGAUUACGUACAAGAGGGACUUGUUGGGUGGGCACGGCAGGCAAGGAAGAAUAGAUUGGGUGGUGGUGGGCUGAAAAGAGCUUCUAACGGUAACGGUAACGGCUCAAGCCAA